UACAGCUGCCGAUCCCACGCCCUAUGGGAUCCUCCCAACUGGUCGUACGCCAGUGACAUCGUGUGGAUCAUUGUAGCAGAGACCUACUACCCCAAACCCUCCAUCUCCCUGCGCCCCAGCAUGGGGGUCGCCCUGGGGGGAGCUGUGACCGUCCAGUGUCGGGGUCGGCACCAGAAUGCGAGGUUCCUUCUGUGCAAAGAUGGAAACCCGAUCGCGCUGCGGGACGUGGAGCCGGCUGGGGAUGUGACUCAGUUUCCCAUCCACAAUGUGAGCCGGAGGGACGCAGGGAGCUACAGCUGCUAUUAUCGCUCCAAAUCAGACCCGCCCGUCUGGUCGUACCCCAGCGACCCCGUGGAGCUGGUGGUAGCAGAGCUCCCUGCUCCCGGACCCUCCAUCUCCGUCAGACCCAGCGGGAUGAUCGCCCUGGGAGGAGCUGUCACCAUCCGCUGCCAGUGUCGGUGCAAGGCCAGGAGGCUAUUUCUGUACAAAGAUGGAAUCGAAAUCCGGGAGCUGAAUGAUGAUGGGGACAGGGGUGAAUUCACCAUCCCCAUAGCCAGACGGGAAGACUCAGGGGUCUACAGCUGCCGAUCUCGCUCCAGAUCGGAGCCACCCAACUGGUCGGAUCCCAGUGAUUACAUGCAGAUUGUUGUAGCAGAGCUCAGAUACCCCAAACCCUCCAUCUCCCUGCGCCCCAGCGCGGGAGUCACCCUGGGGGGAGCUGUGACCGUCUGGUGUCGGGGUCGGCACCAGAACAUGAGGUUCCUUCUGCACAAAUUUGGAAACCCGAACGUGUUGCAGGACGUGGUCCUGGCUGGGAAUGUGGCUGAGUUUCCCAUUCGCAACGUGAGCCGGAGAGAUGCAGGGAGCUACCGCUGCUAUUAUCGCUCCAAAUCUGACCCGCCCGUCUGGUCGGAGCCCAGCGACCCCGUGGAGCUCGCGAUAGCCGAGGGAACCAACCCAGAUGGGCUCCAGGAGCCGCAUCCACCCCCAACGGAGCCGGCAGGAGAAGCAGCCCCCCCCAGGCACCUGGAUUUCACCCACGCCAACAUCGCCCGCCUGGUGCUGAGCGCCAUGGUCCUGCUCGUCCUGGGGCUGAUCCUGGCCGAGGCCUAUUACAGCCUGGCCUGGGUGCAGGGUGACAUGGGCCCCUCUAACCCGCCAUCUCUCUUCACCCCCAGGAACCUGGAUCUGGCUAGAGGCCGAAUGACCGAUGGACUGAAUUGGGGUGAGAGGAGGCGGGGGGCUGUGUCUCCCCUGUUUAACUCCUGUCUCUUGUUGAAAGCAGGGCAUGAAUUUCUCAAACCCACCAUCUGGGUGAGCCCCAGCAGAGUGGUGGCGCUCGGGAGAAACGUCACCAUCCGCUGUGAGGGUCAGGACCUGGGCAUGGAGUUCGUUCUGUGUAAAGCUGGACACCCGAACCAGCAGGUGCAGUCGGUGGUACCUGAAGGGAAAAUGGCUGAAUUUCCCAUCGCCAGUGUCGGCCAGGAAGAUGGAGGGAGCUACACCUGCUAUUAUCACUCCAUAACGGAUCAGAGUCGCUGGUCGUUUCCCAGCAACCCCGUCGAGAUCAUUGUAGGAGAGCCCAGCUACCCCAAACCCAAUAUCUCUGGGAUCCCCAGCAGAGGGGUCUCCGUGGGGGAAGCCAUGGCCAUCUGGUGUCGGAGGCAGAGACAGGGCGUGCGGUUCGUGCUGAAUAAAGAGGGACGUCAUUUCCCACCUGUGGAUUCGGACGGGUUUGGGGCUGUGUUUCCCAUCAGCAACGUGAGCCGGGAGGACGGCGGGAGCUACAGCUGCUCCUAUCACAGCAGAUCGGAGCCGUUCGCCGUGUCGGACCCCAGCGACCCCGUGGAGCUGGUGGUGAGAGAUCCCAGCUUACCCAGACCCAACAUCUCUCUGAGCCUCACUGGGGUCAUGGCCCCAGGAGCAGAUGUCACCAUCCGGUGUCAGGGGCAGCGCCAGGACGUGAGGUUCUUCCUGUACAAGGCUGGAGACCUGAACCCGCAGCAACAUAUGGACCCUGGUGGGGCCGGGGCCGAGUUCCGCAUCCCCAGCGUGGGUCGGCAGCAGGAAGGGAACUACAGCUGCAGCUACCGGCUCCGGUCAGAGCCCUUCGUCUCCUCGCAGCCCAGCGAACCCGUGAAGCUGGUGGUAGCAGAGCCCACUCUGCCCAACCCCUCCUUCCACCCCAGCAGGGAGGUCUCUCUGGGGGGAUCUGUGUCCGUCCGGUGUCAGGGGCUGCACCCGGGUGUGCGGUUCGUGCUGAAUAAAGGGGGACGCCAUGUUGCACACGUGGAUACAGAGAGGUUGGAGUUUGUGUUUCCCAUCAACAACGUGCAGCGGGAGCAGGGCGGGAACUACAGCUGCUCCCAUCACAGCAGAUCGGAGCCGUUCACCGAGUGGAGCGACCCCGUGGAGCUGGUGGUGAGAGAUCCCAGCUUACCCAGACCCAACAUCUCUCUGAGCCCCACUGGGGUCACUGCCCCAGGGGCAGACGUCACCAUCCGGUGUCAGGGGCAGUGCUGGGACGUGAGGUUCUUCCUGCACAAGGCUGGAGACCUGAACCCGCAGCGACACACGGCCCCUGCUGGGGCCGGGGCCGAGUUCCGCAUCCCCACCGUGGGCCGGCAGCACGGAGGGAGCUACAGCUGCAGCUACCGGCCCCGGUCCGAGCCCUUCGUCUCCUCAGAGCCCAGCGAGAUUGUGCAGCUGGUGGUAUUAGAGCCCAGCUACCCCAAACCCAAUAUCUCUGGGAUCCCCAGUGGGGGGCUCUCCCUGGGGGCAGCCGUGACCAUCUGGUGUCGGGGGCAGCACCGGGGCGUGCGGUUCGUGCUGAAUAAAGAGGGACGUCAUUACCCACCUGUGGAUUCGGACGGGUUUGAGGCUGUGUUUCCCAUCAGCAACGUGAGCCGAGAGGACGGUGGGAACUACAGCUGCUCCUAUCACAGCAGAUCGAAGCCGUUCGCCGUGUCGUACCCCAGUGACCCCGUGGAGUUGGUGGUGAGAGGAGCCUGGAUCUGGCCGCGCAAGGAAGCUAAUAUCCUGGGAGACAAGCUGCUUUCCCAUGGGGUGCUGAGACGCCAGCACAACCCCCCCCCCGCCCCCAAACACCCCUGCCUCGGAGAAUCCUCCCCCACAACAGCUUCUGACCUGACAGCAACUCCCCAGGAUUGAACCCCCAAUGCCAUGUGUGACAUUGCACUCCUCAUGUUUAUGGAAAUAUGCUGAUGAGUGUGAAUAUAAUGUAACUGGAAUAUGCUUUAAGCAAAAGGUCCCUUGUAAGGUGUCAUUACAAAGCUUAUGAUCUACUAAGUAUGGUCAUCCUGUUUGGAUGAAUGUAACUUUCUUGUAUCUAAAACUAGAAAUGUGAAGUUAACUCUGAGGUUCUCUUGUACUCAUGCAAAGUGUGGGCCAUUAAUGGUGGUUUAGCAUCUUGAAGGCUCCCAUUGACUAGGACAAUUGGCUGUAGAUGGCUCUGUUUUCCUGCGAGCCUACACUGCCUACCUGCAGGCCAGUCCUGAAAGAAGGGAGGGGCUCAUGGGACCUGUGACCAUGUCACCUGAUACUGGAAUCCAUCUUUAACCUGGUGCUUUUCCAUUGAGAGGGAGGGCUGGGAACCCAG